CUUCCGUCGCCGUCGCGCUUUUAAUCUUAUACGCGCGCUCUCCCAACUCCUGCUUCCUCAUCAGUCCCGGCCAUGGCUUCCGCCGUUCGCCUCCACUUAUCUUCCCUCCUCAUCUCCCACUCUCUCCUACCUCGCCUCAGCCUCAGCCUCCGUCUCCUCCCUCCUCCUCCGUCUGCCGCCGGCCGGCCCCGCCGCUUCUCCUCGGCACUCCCGUCCGCUCCCUCCGCCGCCCGGCGCGCCUCGCCGUCGCCGCCCCUUCGCGCGCAGGCCAAGCGGGGCUUCUCGUCCAAGGACGACGACUUCGCCUCCGCUGAUGAUCUUCAAUUCGAGGCUCCGCUUAAGAUAGUGGAGUAUCCGGACCCCGGGCUGAGGGCGAAGAACAAGCGGAUCGGGACGUUCGACGACAAUUUGAAGAAGUUAGCCGACGAGAUGUUCGAUGUGAUGUACAAGACUGACGGUAUUGGACUCUCGGCACCCCAAGUGGGGAUUAAUGUCCAGCUCAUGGUGUUCAAUCCCAUUGGUGAACGCGGGGAGGGAGAGGAGAUUGUUCUUGUGAAUCCAAGAAUUAUUAAAUAUUCCAAAAAGAUGGUGUCCUUCAACGAAGGUUGCCUCUCAUUCCCUGGUAUUUAUGCUGACGUGCAGAGACCAGAAGCUGUGAAGAUUGAUUCUCUGGAUAUAAGUGGUGCAAGGUUUACUGUCAGUUUAUCUGGUCUUCCUGCAAGAGUUUUCCAGCAUGAAUUUGACCAUUUGCAAGGGAUUGUCUUCUCUGAUAGAAUGACUGAACAAGUUCUAGACACUAUACGUGCAGAGCUGGAGGCCUUGGAGAAGAAGUAUGAGCAGAGGACAGGAUUGCCCAGUCCUGAGCGGAUAGAGACACGUAGAAGGAGGGUAGCUGUUGGUUUUGGCAAGUCAUGAUUGUAUCUGGGGCUUUGAUGCUCAGAUUGAAAGCUCAGAGGGAUAACUCUCGGGACUAAUGUCCAGGAGGCAACUGAUUUAGAUAUUCUUUUUCAUUUGGAAGAGUGGGAAGAUGCAAGGUGCAGAUAGCGGAGAAGCAGAAGUUAAUGAGUUAGCAGGCAACAUAAAAUGAUGUCUUGGUUGUAGGUUUUCUUCACAGUUGAGAGCAACAUGUAUGAAUUGUAAAUGAUUGAGAUUGUAAAGAUUUGUGUCCAAACUGGGUCCAUGGUUCUCAUCUUUUGAACGUGCCUGUAUAAUCCUGAGAGGGAAGUGUUGGCUUGUCCCUCUGAUCGAAAAUUUGGCUGGAAAAUUCAUCAAGGUUGGAAAUGAGAUGCAUGAGUUGUAAAGGCCACCACUUGUUUAUCACAGAACAUUCAUGAGAUUAAUUAUCCUUACUUCC